AAAGAAAAGAGGAACGAUCUAUGAAAGGAGUUCAUAUGAUAUCUUUACAAAAUAUGAAUUUACAUUCACUUGCAUAUUAUCUCAAAGCCAUGCAAAACAUUGCUAAUAUUCCUUCAUUAAAAAAAUAUCUUUUAUUAAAU